UAUAGAGCACUAGUAGAGAGAGAGAGGGGAUGAGUGUCUUGUUCUGCCUGCUUACGAAGUUCAUGGGACUUUAAAUUUCGCACCAGGACACAGGUCCACCGAGGGGGGGUUAGUGAGGUUUUGCUGUCUCCAUGAACUCCACAUGAGAAGAGAGUGAGCAGAAGUUCUGUGAACUGCACUGACAUUUAUUUUGCAAGUGCAUGGUUCUCAUUGCUAUUGAGGACAGAUUUUAUCAAAGCCGUGAGCUUGCCCUGCGAAAUAGGAAUAAUGACCGUUUCCAAUGCCAGGUCUGGCACAGUGCAAGAAUGUGAUCGAUCUGAAGUCAUCAUAUUACACCAUGCAGCAGGUGCUGGAUAAUCUCAAGGAGCUGCCCCCUUCAACAGGAGCCAAAGACAUCGACCUCAUCUUCCUCCGCGGCAUCAUGGAAAGCCCCAUAGUUUGUUCCCUAGCUAAGGCUCACGAGCGAUUGGAGGUCGUUAAGCUGGAGGCGGUGCAGAGUAAUAACGUGGAACUAGUGAGCGAGAUCCUGUCGGAUAUGAGCAGUCUGAUCGGUCAUGAUGAGAGCGCAGCAGAACUUUGUAAGAUCCUCAAGGAACCGCACUUCCAGUCCCUGUUAGAAGCUCAUGACAAAGUGGCCUCGAAGUCAUAUGAAGCUCCUCCCACCAGCACCAACUCCACCAGCAUGGCCAACUCGUACCUCAUGCCAGCUGACACGGUUCGCAUGAUCAGCAUCCAGAAGAAGGCUGGAGAGCCACUGGGUGUAACAUUCCGGGUGGAGGAGGGCGACCUUGUCAUCGCACGUGUUAUGCACGGCAGCAUGAUUGACAGGCAGGGGAUGCUACAUGCAGGUGAUGUGAUCCGGGAGGUAAAUGGCAGAGAGGCAGGCAGAGACCCCAUGGCAUUACAGCACAUGUUGAGAGACUGCAACGGAAGCAUUACCCUGAAAAUCCUGCCCAGCUACAGGGAUACACCCCCACCCGCACAGGUGUAUCUGAAGCCACAUUUCAACUACAAUCCUGACACAGAUAACCUGAUCCCAUGUAAGGAGGCGGGUCUUGCGUUCUUUAAAGGAGACAUUCUGCACAUUGUGAACAAGCAGGACACCAAUUGGUGGCAAGCAUGCAACAUAAAUGGAGGACGUACUGGCCUGAUCCCCAGUCAGUUUCUUGAGGAGAAGAGGAAGGCGUUUGUAAGGAGAGACUUGGAUGGGUCAGGAAUUCUCUGUGGGACAUUAACUGGAAAAAAGAAGAAAAAGAAAAUGAUGUACUUGACAGCAAAGAAUGCAGAAUUUGAUCGCCACGAGUUACAGAUCUAUGAGGAAGUAGCAAAGAUGCCUCCAUUUCAGAGAAAAACUCUGGUGCUGAUUGGUGCUCAAGGUGUGGGGCGCCGAAGUCUCAAGAACCGUCUAAUAGUGUUAAAUCCUUUACGCUAUGGAACUACUGUACCUUUCACUUCUCGCCCUCCACGUGAUGAUGAAAAGGACGUCCAGUCGUACUGCUUUGUGUCCAGGGAGGAGAUGGAGGCGGAUAUUAAGGCGAGUCGCUAUCUUGAGCACGGAGAGUACGACAGCAAUCUUUAUGGAACCAAAAUUGACUCAAUCCAUGAAGUUGUUCGCACGGGUCGCACCUGCAUACUGGACAUCAACCCACAGGCGCUGAAGGUGCUAAAGACUUCAGAGUUUAUGCCAUUUGUGGUCUUCAUCGCUGCUCCAGAGCUGGAUACACUACGGGCCAUGCACAAAGCUGUGGUGGAUGCUGGGAUCACAACCAAACUACUGACGGAAACGGACCUAAAGAAAACAGUGGAUGAAAGUGCAAGGAUCAAACGUGCUUACAAUCACUACUUUGAUCUGACUAUAGUUAAUGAAAAUCUGGACAAAGCCUUUGAAAAGCUGCAGGCAGCUGUGGAGCAGCUGAACACAGAACCUCAGUGGGUCCCUGUCAACUGGGUUUACUGAGUCACACGGCAGUCCAGACAACACAUCACUAUCAGGAUCAUUACCAUCAUCAUCAGUGUCAUUUCCAUCAUCAUCAUUAAAGAGAGACCGAUAUUGUUUUUUUAACUACCGAUACAGAUUAUUUUUAUAUUUGUGUCUGAUAACUGAUAGAAUUGAAAAUUGGUUCAGCAUAUUUAUUUAUCAUUAUUGAUACAAUAAUAAAAAAUAAUAAUAAUUAGAUGACAACAAUAAAAACAUAAUAUGCAUAAUGAGUAUUUGAAUAAUAGUAAGUAUUAUUAUUAAUAUAUAUGCCAUUAUAUUUAAGUGGUUUUGCAAUCAAAAUAGUCACAAAUGUAAUCUAAAUUUUUGUUUGGGGCUGUCUUAAUUAUUAAGCUGAAAAUGCUACAUGAGACUCUCACUUGAUAAUGAAUGGUUAUUAUGUUAAAAGUUACUUUACCUGUGAAAACCAUUAUUAUCUUUUGAAUGCACAGUGGUGUUGUGGCGUUGAUGGGUGCCAUGCUUUAGAGACCCAUCAAAUGGUGCCAUUCAUCGGUAGAUCCGAUAGUAAAGAACCAACAGCUGUCUAGGAAGAGAAGUGUGAAUGUCGGUAAAAAAAUAUCAGUCAAAUCAAUUAUCAGUGUGUCUCUUAUCAUCUUCAUUAGCAUCAUUUUCAUCUUCAUCACCAUCACAAUCAUCAUCAUUCAUUGGUCAGUGGCACAAGAUCACAUUGAACUUCCUGUGCAGGUGCCACCUGCUGGUCCAGGCCAACCCAGUCACUAUGCAAAUGUACACUAGACAUCCAGUCAUGACAUAAGUUAAGUGUACUUAUUUAUUAACUUUUUUUCUACCGACUAAGCGUGUUUUAAGAAUGUUACUCGGAGAGAAAAUGUUGAUGGAAACAAAUAGGAAUUUUUGGAAUUAAUUGUCAUUAAAACUGUAAUUUUCCAUAUAAGCUGAAUUGCAGUAUUGGAAGCAGUGGUUUGUUGCUUUUAUUUUAGUGUUACAAAAGAAGUGGUUUACAGUGCACGUUUCAUCUCAUUGAUAUAUCUGAAUCUUUUAGAAACAUGCUAUCAUGUAGUUCGGUCACUACAGGAUGUCAAAGAAUUUGAGCAGCUUUAUAGUUAAGCCAGCUUCUGACUUGCACACAUUAUUUAUUAGUGUCAUCCUUUUAGCCUAUUGGAUUUCGUUUUAGUUUUAAUUCAAGUAACGCUAUGAGUAAGCCAAUUUUAACUUGUCAUCACUUUUAACAGUUUACUGUUGCUGAAUUCUAUGAUAUGCAUCAUGUUGCUUGUCAAAAUGUACAAUGUCCUAUUGUCCUAGUAUGCAGAAUCAGCACUGUAAUUAGCUUACUGUCUAUAACACUGCCACAAAAAAUGUAUUUUCACUUGAAUAUUGAAUAGAUCAGCUGUCAUAAUCACAAGCAACUUGAUCUCUCAGAUUUCUAACUCUUAAUUACUUCUAGGCCAUAUUUAGUGAUGCACGUCUAUAUGUGUACUAGACCCCGGAAAUCGGAAUAGAAGUCCAUAGCUCAGAUUGUUCCAAUGUCAUUUACAAACCUGUAUACAAUUUUUAUCUAGUGUGCGUAUUCACUUGAAAAUUCUAUAUUUUGCAAUACAGAGAGUUGUAUUUUCUGAAAUUAAACUGCUGUCUAAUAAAUGAAUCUUAAUUUUGGUUCACUUUUUUGUUUUGUUUCACAUAUGCCAGAUAUUGUAGUUACAUGGCAUGUGCAAUACUGGUCUUAUGUUUACUUAAUAAAUGAUUGAAUAUUACUGAAUUUUGAGGGUAAUUAUGAGAGUCUAAAGACGCAUUAUCCAAUUAAAAAGUAAUUAAUUACUGAAAUCUAAUUACUUUUUAGUAAAAAAUGUAUUGUAAUGCAUUACAUUUUAAAUUAUUGUAAUGAGAUUAAAGUUACUGACUUUCAAUUAAUCACUUUUAAGUAUGUUAUAGGGUUAUGCUUAUGUCUAAUAUAUUAUUUAUGUAGAAUACAUGAAUUAUGAUCCCGUAACAAGUCAUUGUGAAGGAGAAAUGUGAGGUGCUGAGUGUAUCUUGUGUGUAACAAUGAACAAGAAAGAAAUAUAGACAUUCUUUUGAAUUUGUUGAGCAGAAAAGUGUUUUCGAAAGUAACUUUAAAGUACUAAUUAUGUCACAGAAAAAUGAGUCACAUUUCUAAUUAAAGUAAUCUGAU